GUCUGCGUCCCGCAGGGGAGGAACGGGAGAGUGGGGCAGCCCAGGCCCACACACAGCGCAGCACGGGCAGGCUCCCAGCGGCUCCCCAGGAGGCCUCCACCCUGUCCUGGAUGGUCGGCGUGGAGCUCUGGAGGGCAGGGGCCUCCAGAGGAUAGGGUGUGAGGUGAUGGUGGGAAGGCUUCUCUGAGGAGGUAGCGCCUGUGCGGGUGGGACAGCCUCGUGGACGUUGGCAGGAACAGCAUCCCAGGCAGAGGGAACAGCCAGGACGAAGCCCCGAGGUGGGAGGGAGGGCAGCCGGCAGCCAGUGGGCGAGCGCAGGGCUGGCGGGACAGGCAGGCCCGGCGGGAGGACUGCAGCUGUGCUUUUCUUUGAAAUCCUCUCAACAAGGCCCCCGGAAUGCGGAUGACGACUCACGGCUGAAGAGGCCCAGCGAGGAGCCGGGUGAGCAGACGCGGCAGCUCCGGCAGGAUGAAGGUGCUGGUGGCUGUCCUGCUGGCUCUGCUGCUGUGCGGGCAGCCAGGCCAUCCUGACGGCUACGGGCCAGCUGCUGUAAAGGGCCAGCACACACCCCCUAGUGUUGCCGGUAAGGAACACACAGGCAGAGGGCGGACGCAGGAGGUCGAGGAUGAUGACGUGGACGCUGGACCUGAAGGCUAUGACGAGGACGACGACGAGGAGGACGACGAGGCCAGCGUGACUGCAGGCAGCAGAGGCACAGUGCAGCUGCGGUGCUACUCCUGCCAGUCCCUGCACUGGGAUGAGAGCUGCAGACAGAUGCAGAGCUGCAUCCUCCCCAAGACCUGCAAAACCAUCGUCUCCCACUGGAAUACUGAGUCAGGUCCCCGGACCACCUACUCGGGGUGGUGUGCAGACACAUGUCAACCCAUCAGCAGGACGGUGGAUGGAUCCCUGACGACCAUAUCCUGCUGCCAGGCCAGCCUGUGCAACAUCCCGCCCUGGCAGGACCCCCAGGGAAGCGGGGCAGGUGGCCCCCGGGGUAGACCCUCAACCGUGGCCACCGCCCUCCUGUUCAGCCUCCUCGCCGGCCUUCAGGCAAUGGUGUUCUGAGUGGGGGGGGGGGGUGUCCCACCCCCACCCCCAGCCCGGCUUAUACCCUGGCUGGUCAGCACUCUGCCCACUGUCUUCCCCUCCCUUCCCCUCCCCUGCCCCCACCCCAGCUUUGGAGAAUAAACUGGA